CUCCCGCUUUCACUGCGACCGAACGAUCCCCUCAACAAUCCGAGCCCGCAAGCACACGCACACCACCGCAAAAUUCCCGUUUCUCCGCCUAUCCGUACACGCGCUAGCACGCCAGUGUACGUGCCAUCCCGGGGUCGCGUUUGUACGUUCGCCAUUUUUGUUAAACUCGCACACACAGCAUUCGGUUGCCCGUCUUCGUCGUCGUCGUCGCGAUUCGAAACUCUCUUGCAGUCAGUGGACGGAGUGAUUUUGGGAAAAUUGUAAAUUCCCCGCAGAAAACGGUGAUUGAACGGUUCAAAACUGGGCACAUCGACGAGUGGCCACCGCGGGCAAGUGAAUUUGCAUACGGUAGCAAUGUUUCCGCCGCGGAAUCCGGCCGAAAUCGGUGACGAAAGAGUUUGAGAUUUUCCGUCGUCGUCGUCGUCGUCGGAUUGGAUCGCAACCUCUUUUUUUUUUCGUUCGUUUCUUUUCUUUCCUCUUCGUCGCGUCUCGCCGCGUUCCACUUUUCACUGGUCGCUCUGGCGCUGACUGGCGGUCGUCGGUCGGGGGUUGAGCCUUCAAGCUCCCAAAGUCAGCUUAGGAUCUGCAGAAGUGGAAGAUACGACGAAAAACAGUGACGAAUGAAGAAAACCAGCGGAAAUUGAGAGAAAAUGUGUGAAAAAUGUACCAAUAGUGUUUAUGUGUCAAAUAAUGGGUUGCCCCACCAGCUAAAUUCUGCACGCAGUGAAAAACCUAAACUUCCGACGAGGGUCGUCUAGUGCCGUAGAAGAAAAGAGUUAACAUUUUAGUGAAACGAGAUAAAACUCAAAAGCAGCAUGCAUUUUUCACUAAUACAACAUUAGCACGUAGCAGUCAACCAGAAAUUUACUGGAGAUAUACGUGUGUCAACGCUGAAGAGAAAGAGCUUUUGCGUUUUCACCUACUCCAAUAACAAUAACCGAUUUUGGAAGCGACUGACAGCAGGCAACCAUGGGGGAUCGCGAUAUACCAAGUGUCCCAAUCACCACCCUGGCUGGAUUGACCAGUCUUUCGGACAUGCUCAGCGAGCUGCCGAUAUCGGACUCCCUGUCGACGGUUUCGACUGCCUUGAACCGUUCGUUGCUGUUUCAUCCGCGCGUCGCCGAAGAGGCCAACAAUCUUUUGGCCACGCGAGAUGAUAGUCUGAUCGGUCAGCUAGUGAAUGCCAUCGAGCAGACCAAUUCGGAUCACAUCGAGCUAAAGGAUCAAUAUGUUCAACCAUCGACCAGCAAAUCGAUGCAGGAUGGACCCCUGCUUCUGCAGGCUAUCCGAUCAUGCAGGGCGGAUGUGUUCAAUAGGCCUCAGACCGCCGCUACACAUCAACAACAGCAGCACCAACAACAACAGAUGCUUGCACAACAGCAACAGCAACAUAAAAUAAUUUUUACAUCACAAAUCCCAAAUUUCCCAAGCGAACACUACUCUUCCCUACAAACACAACACCAGCAGCAGGAUUAUUUGAGUCAGAUUUCGCAGAUUUCCCAACAGCAGCAGCCUUCGCAACCGAUUGUGUUAAGCCAAUCCCCUGUUUCGUCUCAACACUCUAAUCAUCCACCCCUUGAAACGCGGAAUCAGACUAAAAUUCCUUACCAACAACAACAACAGCAGCAGCAACAUCAACAGCAAUCACCACAAACAACACCAUCGCCAUCUUCAAAAGUCAUCAUCCGACAGCAAGUUAUUAACCUUCCAAAUAUUGCUUACUCGUCCAAUUCUGCAGAAAAUAGCCAGCAACAGCAACAAAUCUUCCAACAACAGCAGCAGCAACAGCAACUGUUGCAGCAGCAACAACACCAACAACAACAACAGCAGCAGCAGUAUCAUAAUCAAAACGUCAUCGUCUCACACCAAUCGGUGAUCCAGAAUCAGCAAGUAUCCCAGUUCCACCAACAGCAGCAACAGCUUCCUCCGCAACAGCAACAACCACAACAACUACACAAACCGACUGAUCCUCAUCGGACGGUAAUUCAGCAGCCGGUAGCAGCAGCUGCUGGAUCUUCCCUGAAUGCGCUUCCGGAUUCGGUGGUUUCACAACAGCACCAUCAACAACAGCCGCAGCAGCAGCAACAACAACCGUUGGUAAACCAUGUUGCUCAGCAGCAGCAGUCUCAGCAGCAACAGGCAAUAUACCAACAACACCAGACUGUCUCCCCGCAACAACAAUCGCAUCAGAAUGUGAUAAACUUGAACAACAACCUAAACAGUGCCUCCACGACAGUCCAACACAACCAGCACGUCACGACCAACCACGUUCAACCACUACAACAACAACAACAACGUACACCGCUGCCAGCACCGAAGCAACAAUCCCAAACGGCAACGAUCAACGAGCAAUCUCAGCUAAAGAAUGGAAACACGACCGCCGUGAACAACCAUCAGCCGUAUCCCCGGUCGCAGGUGCCCACUCAACAAACGCCACAACAACAACAACAACACAACGUCAAUCACGUUAUCAAAACGCCAGAAGCUGCACCACGCAACAGCGAAUACCUCCAGCAGCAGCAGAGCAAAAAUCUGGACGCUCGAGGGCGUCCGUCACCGGCUCAGGGUACGACGGCACCGGAAACCGAUCCCACCCAAACCAGUCUGCGGAAGCAACAAGAACACCAGCAAGCUCAGGCAGCUACUCCUCCUGUUCAGCGAAUAAACCAACCAACGCCGAUGUCCACUCCACCCAAUAAACCGCGUCCACCGGGUGGCGUUCCACCGGGAGGUACACAAACAAGUACCCCUCCUUCAGGACCCAGGCCGAUAUCGGUGGCGGGAGCAUUGCAACGGGCGACCAUGAAUGCACCAAAACUUGCCGCGACCACACCAACACCGGUAACGUCGAUCGCUGUUUCUGGAGCCCUAAUGAAAACGCCCACGACCACCACCACAUCAGCUCCGACAACGCCAUCCAGUGUAAGCCAGCAACCAAUGCCGCAACCGGUCCAACAGGCCAAUCAAACCCCAGUGAAAAAGCCGCAAAAAGUGAAUCUUAAGAAACUGUGUCGGAUGGUCAGCAUGGGUGAGGUGGAUUCUCUGAGUUUGAAAAAGUGUUCGGUUCGAUUGGAAAAACUGAGUGAAGAUCAUAUGACCAUGAUGCAGGAAGAUCUCAAGAAGUUCUCUCAGGCUGAACCCAAACUGGCGAUGCGGUUGGGAUUGGUUAAAAAGAGCGCCGAAAUGAUCUUCAGCAAAAUGAAGGAAGACGAACGAAGGUACACCGGUUUGCUAGCGAAACGGAAGGCUCAGGAGGAUGCAAUGAAUCCGGAAGAUAUGUUCAGUAAGCCAAAGCUCAGGAAGGUGGAGAAGAUGGUGAUACCGGUGGUGAAGAAACUGUCCAAGGAAGAACUGAUGAAUACGAACACCUACCAGAGGUUUAUGUCGAUCAUGGGCAAGAUAUUCGAUCAGCUGGACGAAACGGAGGCACCAAAUUUGGACGAAGCGGACGAGCAGUUCGAGUGCAUUCCAACAAGCAUGCUCAGCAGUAUUAGUUCGGAAGCCGCGAAACUGAAGGCGCGCAAUGCCAUCGAUGCCAUUCCGGAGAACAAGCUGACGUUGUUGAUUACCUAUGCGAUGCGGUCGGUGCAUUCGGCAAAAAAUCUAAGUGGGACGGAAUUGCAGGACGAUCUGGUCGGCGACGAGUGCAUUGAGAAGAUUUUGAAUGCCAUGGAAGCAGCUCUGUUGAUUUGUUCGAUCUACACCUGCAAGAGCACCAAGUUCUUGCAGGAGGAUAACAUCGACGCGAUCAUCAAGUUUGUGCAGUUCCAACUGCGAGAAACAGUAUUCCCUUCGUAUGAUCCGGUGUACUCGGUCGAGACGAAGAAAAAAACCGAUGGGAAAAAGUCGAAAAAGAUGCCCAGCUAUCAACAGAAAGGUCUCUCGGUGCUGUACACGAAAAUCGUAGAGCUAGGCAAACAGCUGGUAACCAUGUUCGAGAAGUUUCACUUUGUUGAUACGAUCGUAAUACAUGCUUCGGCAUUGGGCGUUGAACCGUUCUUCGUAGAUAACAUCGAAACGUUGCAGUUUGUCUGUCUCGACCUGGUAACGUCCAUUUUCCAGAACGAAAAGUAUUCUCACCACCGACGGAACAUUGUUGCGGACAUUCUUUCGUCGAUCGAUCGUCUUCCGCACUCGAAACGCAAUCUCCGCCCAUACAAGCUGGUCAACAACGCCGGAAACAUCCAAAUGAUGACGGCUCUCGUACUACAGUUGAUUCAGUGUGCCGUAGUUUUACCGGAAGCCAUGGGCGAUAGCAAUCCGAAGAAAGCGAACAACGAAAUCGUUAACAGCAGUAAUCCCAAAUCGGCUGAUCUCUACAUCAUCGGGAAGUACGACACGGCAUUGAGCAUUGGGGGUAACUUUCUGGCAACCUUCCUGGACAAAUGUAAGAGCCGGUCGAGCGAAACGGAUUUCCGUCCUCUAUUCGAGAACUUUAUACACGAUCUUCUAACUACCGUCAACAAACCGGAGUGGCCAGCAUCGGAACUGCUGCUGAGUCUACUGGGAACGAUGCUGGUCAAGAAGAUGUCCGACAAAGGCGUGGAGCAGUCCAUUCGGGUAGUUUCCCUCGAAUACCUUGGCAUUGUGGCCGCUCGGCUACGGAAAGACACCGUAGAGUCCCGAUGCAAGGUCCGAACGAUGGAUUCCUUGAUCAAGUACAUCAAAAUCGAACAAGAGAAGGAAGGCGACGAGUAUAAGCAGAAUUCCAAGUUUCAGUUAGACGAAGAGGAGGAACGAACCGAAUUCCUGGAAAAGAUUCUACUGGACUUCCUGGCGGCAAACGCUCAGGAGGGAAACAUCGUGUGGAACCAUGCGAGGCACUUCUACAUCACACAAUGGUACCGGGACAUCAUCCAGCGGAAGAAAAACAUCGCCGCCGGCGAGAAAGGAUAUGCCUCCCGGAAAAAGCAGGCGAAACGACGAAAAAAGUAUACCAGCGAAUCGGAAAACUCGGAUGGUGGGGGAAUCGAUUCCGAUAUCGAAGAAGUCAAAACCGGCGUGGAUCAGGAACUGAACAGUGAGAUUUUCCGGCUGCUGGACACUCGGAAAGCAACCUACCUGUCUCAGAUCUGUCCCUUCGGCGACAAAAAUGCCGGAAUAAGCGAAAUCAAAACCUACAUCGAUUACGGAAACGCCAACCUGAUCGCGCAGUACUUGGCCAGCAAGCGAUCGUUUUCGCAAAGUUUCGACAAAUAUCUGCAGAAAAUCAUCCUAGUCGUGCGGGAACCGGUCGUCGCGAUACGAACCCGGGCGAUGAAGUGUUUGGGCAACAUCGUCGAGGUGGACCAGAUGGUGUUGGCGCGAAAGGACAUGCAGAUGGGCGUCCACCAGAAAUUACUGGAUACGGCUAUUUCUGUGCGGGAAGCAGCGGUGGAUCUGGUGGGAAAGUACAUCCUUUCCGAUCCGGACCUGAUCGAUCAGUAUUACGAUAUGAUUUCUACGCGGAUAUUGGAUACGGGAGUUUCGGUAAGAAAACGGGUAAUCAAAAUUCUACGGGACAUCUGCAUCGAGUAUCCGGAGCAGGAGAAGAUCCCGGACAUUUGCGUCAAAAUGAUUCGGCGGGUCAACGACGAGGAGGGCAUUCAAAAGCUGGUCAUGGACGUAUUCAUGACGAUGUGGUUCCAUCCGUGCAAUCCUAAUGAUAAGGCGGCAAUGGAUAGAAAAAUUACUCAAAUAAUCGAUGUGGUUUGCUCAUCCCAUGAGACUGGCACUCAGGGCUUCGACGCGCUACUCAAAUCGAUUUUUGAACCAAAAGAAAACAAAGAAGAUUCAAAAGCCAAGAAGGAAAUCCCCAAAACGCUGAUCAAAGCCUGCCAGCAGAUAGUGGACGGCUUGGUGGACGCAACCAUGAAGCUGGAGAGCUCGGAAAACAAGAAACUGGUUGGUUGCAUAACGGCGCUACAUCUUUUCUCGAAAAUUCAACCGCAGCUACUGGUGAACCACGCGAUGACCCUGGAACCGUAUCUGAACAUACGGUGCCAGAAUGCCAUCAACUACAAGUUCAUCAGUAGUGUGGCGGAGAUUCUGGAACAGGUGGUGCCCUUGAUGGAACAUCCCAGCGAGAUUUUCCUUGCCGAUCUCGAAUCGCAUCUAAUGAUGCUCAUCGUGACGCAGAGUCAAGCAGUGGUGCUGAGUUGUGUGUCCUGUCUGUCGGCGGUUGUAAAUAAAAUUACCAAGAAUUACACAUUAAUACGAGACUGUUUUUCGAAAUUUUACUAUAAGGGAUUAGUAUCUAGUAAAGAGAAGUUAAUCUCCGAUCCGUCGAUCCCAAUAGAGCAACUGUAUAGGCCCCAGUUUAGGCGAAGUAUUUAUACGGUAGGAUUAAUCAUGCGGUAUUUUGACUUCAAGCAGCCAGAUGUUUACGGCGGUGAAGACGACGCACAAGGAGCGCUACCGGCCAAUAUCUGCGAGGAUGUGUACAGUACGUUGGCAUUUUUUCUGUCGUGUAGUCAUAGUGAGAUUUGCAAAGAAACGCUACUGUCGAUGGGCAAUUUCUGUGUGAAAAACUACGAAUAUCUGACGAAGCAGGAACUGCGGGAUUACUACAACUACCUGCUCACGCAGGACACCGUACUGACCGAGAUGAAAAUUGUCGUCCUGAAGAACAUUCUAAUGUAUCUGACCGAGGAGGAGAACAAGAUGGUUCGCAACGACAAAGAAUGGGCCAAGCAAUCACAAACCGAAGAUUUGAAAGAGAUGGGCGAUGUGUCGUCCGGUAUGGCGAGUAGGGUGAUUCAGAUCUAUCUGAAGGAGAUCCUGCGGAGUUUCCUGCACCGGGACACCGGCGUACGAAUGUGGGCAAUGCGGGUGGUGGAGAUUGUGCUGCGGCAGGGUCUGGUACAUCCAGUACAAAUAGUUCCUUUCCUAAUAUGUUUAAGUACGGACCCAGAAAGAGAGGUUGCACAUAGUGCAGAUCGUCAUCUCCAGGAGAUUGACAAGCAGUACCCGGGCUUUGUAAAUAUGAAAUCUCACGCCGGUUUGCAGUACUCGUACGAAUUGCAAGUCUUGUUACAGAAACUAGACGACAGUAGUAUAGUUAGAGGAUAUAGAAUCAAAGACCCGCAAGAGCCACCGAGUGCGCUAAACGGUUUCCUGUACACUUUGCUGCGCAAUACCAAACCCCAGCGGAGGGCGCUCGUUCAGUCCAUUACCAAACAGUUCGACGACGGGAAGAUCUCACUGCAGCAGAUGCUCUACCUGGCGGACAAUCUGGCCUACUUUCCGUACAUGGUGCAGGACGAGCCGCUGUACAUAAUCCAUCAUAUUGAUGUGCUGAUAUCCGUCACCGGUACCAAUCUGUUGGCUACCUUUCGCGAGGGAUUGAAACCUCCGCCUGGUGCGGAGAACAACCCGGACCAGCCACCGAAUCCACUGGAAGAUGACGACGACGAUGACCAGGAUGUGAUUCUCAGUCGACUACCAGAGGACACCACGGAACUGCAGAACUGCAUAACCUCGGCGCAGGGAUGCAUGCUUUUACUAAUACUCAAGCAGCAUUUGAAGGAUAUCUAUGGUAUUACAGAUUGCAAAAUUUCUCGAUACUCACCAUCGGAAGCGGGUAAAAUCUACGAUAAAACAAUGCAGAGGAGAUCAAACUCGUUGUUCGAUCCCAAGGCUACCAUCACGCUGCUGAAGGAGAACCGCCAAACGAUGGCAGUCCAGUCGGACGAUGACCGAGCAGAGCUCGUGCAACGAUAUCUGGAUUUCAAACAGCUAAUGCUGCGGCUCGAUCCGGACGAUCCCGACCUCCUGGAUGAGGAUGAUCGUGCCCCGCCAAAGAACUCCGAACCGAACUCAACUGUUACCACCCCGGUCAAGCAAGGUGGCGAUGCCAAUAGUGCGAAUCCCGGCGGAGAAAGCACAACGACCACCCCUGUGAGCAACAACGUCGGCGGUGGCAGUGCCGCCACGCCGCACGUCAACAAUGUGAACAGUACUGCCACCUCGGCGAGCAGUAAUGCCACGUCGGCUGUCGGUACGCGGACGCCGAAAUCCUCCACGAGGCCAUCGGCGGCAACGACAAACGCUGCCUCCAGCAGGAAAAACCUCCCGUCGCGAAGUGCUCGCAAAAAAAGACGAAAACUGUCCAGCACAGAGGAAGAGGAAAGCGAACCUAGUGAUAUGGAUUACGACUAGAGAGAGAGAUAGAAGUAGGUACAUCCGCCAGAGAGACAUUAUUAAUCGUUGAAUCAGAGAUGUGUAAAAAUAACAAUAGAGUCGAGAUACACGUUUAAUAUAUUCAUUUGUGGUGUAUGAAAAACAAUAUCAGUGGAGAAUGCCGGGAGAGAUGAUCCCAUUAUUUACCUUACAAAACAAAAUAAAAGCGUCUGUGAAUGCACAUUUAAGUAGAUGAUUUGAAGGUGCGCCAAUCUUGAAGGUAGCAAUAGUGGUACAACCCGUAGUAUUGUCCUUUCCUCUAAAAAUAAGUGCGAAAGCUGUAGUAUCCCAUCUACCGAACCACACCCGUCUAUAGGAAAGAAACGUAGACUAUUUACCUACCAAACCAUCCAAUUUUGGUAUGAUCAUCUUGAAUCAAAUGGUUUUAAAAGUGAUGAGCAUUUCGCAGAAAAUAAUGAGAAAUUUCGUUCUAGUUAUUCCGUAUCGGAUUGCGAUGGUCCGCAGUACUAGCUGUGUUCUGAUGGUUUCGUGUGGAAAACGUUCUUCUCCGAUCUGUUCAAGAGAAACAGUGGGAACUGGACGUAUGGCAUAAUGUCGUUUGACAUUAUUGGUCUUAAGUCAUUUGUCAUAAUAGUUGUUCGGUAUAACAUUUUUUAUGCCAAAUGACCAUUAUUCUAAUUGAUCUUUAUUUGCGUUUUGCCAAACGACUUUAUACCAAAUUACACAGACUCGAAAAAAUUUGCGCCGCCUGAAAUUCCGUGAUGUUUGAGCUACUGUUGUAAGAAGUAAGGUAUAGAAUGUAACAACAUUCUAUGCGGCGUUGAAGCUUUUCGUCUCAAAGUUCCAUAACAAGAAAGUUUGAGAGAGAACGAAAUUUAUUGGAAAAAUUACUGGGCACUUUUCCCAAGUGUCACCUCAAGCAACAAACGUUGGUGUACUCGAAAUUACUGAGACGAAGCAGCAGACGAUAGGUUCCAAAAAUAAGCUCAGCGUCUCUGUCUCUCACAAAAAAAUGUUUUGUAAAAUGGAAAUGUUUUAAUUGAAAUAUUUAAACUUUACUGUGAGUACCGAGAGACUAACGAAACAAUAUUGAUAAAAAAAAUCAACAAUUUACCGAGAGUGCAAGGCAAACAAAUCACCGGGUUCAGUAUGAAUAUUGAACUAAAAGAAAUAUUUAAUUUAUUGGUAGCAGCAACGAGCACGUAUGAGAAAUAACGAAGAGUGAAAGCGUGUGAGAUGUAAUUUAAAUUUUGGAAAAUAAUCUGCAAAAGAGACUGGCGAAAAAUUAAUAAUAUUAUUACCAUAUAAAAGAGAUGAAGCAUUUGUUUGCUUGAAACUGCGAGUGAGCGCGAGCGUGCUGGUUUCCUGUGUGUAGAAAGGUAUGCAUCGAGUCAACAAUUGUAAAUAGUUUGUAAAUAUAGAGAAAAUAUGUUCAUUUUCCCCCUUUCCGAAUGUGAAAAUGUUUGACACCCCUCAGUAGGAACGAAGUCUUUUCAAAGAGAAGAGAAACCCAGCAGCAAAUUAACGCGAAUUUCGGAUGAAAAAUAAAGAGACAAAAAAAGAGUAAAAAAUAUGCAAGAGACAACAAUGGAAGAGACUUUAUUUAAAGUGUUUUUAGAUAAAUUAUUUAUACGAAAAAGAUGGUGAAAAUGAUAUAAGACACCCACACAAAAAAAAAGUCGAGAAAACUGGAAUCCAGAUGAAUUUGUAAUUUAGUUUAGCGCAGUAAGGGAAACAAAACAACACAAAACGAGAAUGCGCGGAAAGAAAGUGUAUAAUCGAAGGAUCUUUUUUGUUUUUUUUUUUUUUAUUUUAGUAAUUUAAAUCAAAGUCAAAAAAUAAUUAAAAUACAAAGUGAAACUUGUAGAUAAUUCAAA